AGAUGUGGGUGUUUGGUUACGGGUCCCUCAUCUGGAAAGUGGACUUCCCCUACCAGGACAAGCUGGUUGGUUACAUCACAAACUACAGCCGGCGUUUCUGGCAAGGCAGCACUGACCACCGCGGGGUUCCCGGCAAGGUAAGGAGCCAGCCGCAUGCCCAGCUACUGGGAGGGAUAACUCUCUCAGCAACAUCCUGGGCCACCUACCCUCGCCUCUCUCUAGAGCAUGGACACCCUGAGCCUGGAAGAGUUGUGACUCUUGUUGAAGAUCCUGGGGGCAGUGUAUGGGGUGUUGCUUACAAACUACCAGUAGGAAAAGAAGAGGAAGUAAAAACAUACCUUGACUUCAGAGAGAAAGGAGGCUACAGAACUACAACAGUCAUUUUUUAUCCAAAGGAUCCCACAAGAAAACCAUUCAGUGUUUUGCUCUACAUUGGAACGUGUGACAAUCCUAACUACCUUGGUCCUGCACCUCUGGAAGACAUUGCUGAGCAGAUUUUUAAUGCAGCUGGCCCAAGUGGAAGAAACACAGAAUAUCUUUUUGAACUUGCAGAUUCUAUUAGGAAACUUGUGCCAGAAGAUGCAGAUGAGCAUCUCUUCUCUUUGGAAAAAUUAGUAAAGGAACGUUUAGAAGGAAAAUAGAACUUCAGUAGUACAUAGUCACCAACUCCUCCAAACAGGCAGAGCUUUUAAUCUUCAGAGAAUAACUUCAGUACAAAACAGCAGUAUGUUUUGGACAUUCUUACUUGAAGAUCUUACUAUUUAAUGUUGUAAUUGGAAUGUCAUCUAAAUUUACUGUUUAUUUACAAGUUUCCUAAAACAUAUUCAGAAGAUUUACAUAUAGAGAAAGUUCAAGUUAUACAAGUAAUUUCCUAACUAAAUGACAUAUGAACAUUUGUUCAUUAGAAAUACAGUUCUCAAUUCACUUCCUGUUUUUAUCGGAGUAACAAUGGUUUAUAGUAUAUAUGCUUAAAAUAAUGUUAUUAGAAAUAUAUGGUAAUAGAGAAGGAUCCAGCACUGAUUGUUAAUUUCCUUGUUAUUUCGGAUUAAAUGAAAGUCAAAUUUA